AUGCCAACGACUUCGCAUUCCGCGUCUCAGAUUAGUUUACCUGCGUCGGAUUCGCGACACCGCAGGCGUAGGCGUUAUAGAGAUACUGAGGAUAGAAAUUACAGUCGCAAAAGCCGAGCUGUGGAAGAUGAGGAUCAUAAAAGUGAAGGGACAAAGUCGCGAUCAGGAACAAGAUCUGGAAGAGAGGUGGAACUCCCUGACUCGCGAUCCAAGAUGCAUGGAGGCGCAGAACGCAGGCACCGCAGGAGCACCACGGCCACCGGCAGCACUACGGAAAGGAGCCGUGUAGGAACUACGUCAGAAACCAAAACCCAGCGCGCGUCGCAGACUCCGAAGACCAGACCGGCGUCUGUCCAUCGGCACUCUACGUCCUCUACAAAACCCCCGUCUUCCUCGAAGGAGAAAAAAACCUCCUCUAAUAACCCUACUCCCGGUUCUCAGAAGACGAAGGAAGCUUCGAAAAACACAUCAUUGAAGCAACCACCUAGUGUAGAAGGGAAGCGUAACUCGAACUACAUGUUUCUAGGCAGCUUGUUCGGCAAUCCGCAUCCUCCAGUUGAAAAGAAAAUCACUUGCCUGACAUGCUUGUCUGACGAUGUUCCUAUCAGCAAGUCCGCCAAACUUGCCUGCUCACACCGCAUGUGCAACAAGUGUCUCAAGCGUAUCUUUACCAUGUCCGUCUCUGAUCCACAGCAUAUGCCUCCUCGAUGCUGUACGGACGAUCAUAUUCCGCUUAAACACGUUGAUAGGCUUUUCGAUUCAAAAUUUAAAAAUACGUGGAAUCGAAAGUACCAGGAAUAUACCACCAAAAACCGACUAUACUGCCCGGCCCGUGGCUGUGGAGAAUGGAUAAAACCAAAAAACAUCCAGCUAGAUACUAGCAAUGGGCCUACUUGUGGGCGCAAAUACGGCAAAUGCAGCAAAUGCAAAACCAAAGUUUGUGUGCUCUGCAACCGCAAAAUGCAUCGUUCCAAGGACUGUCCGAACGACGAAGAUACGAAGAGGUUCAAUGAAAUAGCCCAGGAGUCUGGAUGGAAGCGUUGUUACAACUGUUCUGCGAUGGUGGAAUUAAAAGAAGGCUGCAACCACAUGACAUGCCGCUGCACAGCUGAAUUCUGCAUAAUUUGCGGCUCGAAGUGGAAAACAUGCGACUGUCCGUGGUUUAAUUAUCAUACCCCUGGGGAUGGGGCCUAUCCGGAUAUCCCUCAGGGAAGGAUGAUGGAUGAGCAAGGGAAUGAAGACGUUCGAGCGCCUAUUCGAUACCAGCAGGAGCUCGACAUGCGACGUGCGCAGGAGCGACAAGAUGAAGUCCUUGCUAGAAGAUUGCAGCAAGUUCUCGGUCUUGAUGACGACGAUGACGGCAGCACUUAUGACUACUCCCCAAACAACAGGUACACAGCUAAUAUUGACCCUGCCGACAUGAACGACGCAUUCCCUCCAAUAUACGAUGAUUUCUAUCUUCCCAGCAGAUUUGCCGGUACCCACACCCCACCUCCACCAGAAGACCGGAUAACUCGAACUGAUCUUCCACCCGACGAUCCUCCCAUGAUGCCUCCAGAUCAGGUGCCACGUUCGCCUAGAAUGCGAACCCAGCCGCCCGAUUCCGCUCGACGUCGUCGACGGCGCAAGCAAGCCACUGCUCGUGAUAUGCCUUCAAGCUCAUCGCGAGCUCAACAGUGGAGACUAGGCCUCGGCAUGCUCCCCCGAUAA